AUGCCCACAGUUCCACUCCAUGUAUCUCUGCCUAGAGGCAGUAAUGGGUGCUUUUCGGAAGCAGUUACCAACGCCCUACCCCAACUGCUCCAAACACCCUCCGGUUUAGCCAUACUAGAGCUCCAAGGAACCAUAAAUCUCCCAGAAAACGAUGAUCGCGCGGUGCAAGAUAUUAUACCCGAUGCCUCGCAGCAUACACGCAAUGUUGAGACACCGAUUGGCCGGAUCAUAUUUGCGGACUAUGACCCAUCUGCUGACCCAUCGGACAGAGGCUGGAUGAAGCGCGUGUAUCUGACUGUUGGGCAACAUCAACGGCUGACAGGCGAAGUUAAGAAACUACCCAAGCCUAUAGCGGUCAUUCAAAGGCGAAAAGUAACAUCCCCCGAUGCUAUGAAUUCAGAAUCUGUGGCGAAGGAUGGAUUUAUCCCACCCUCCCCGGAUCAGCUAGAGAUCGUGGAGAUAAUUAAAUACAAGAUAAUGUUUUCCUCGCGCCCUGAGCCUAUCACCAACGAAGGGUUUUAA